CUCACUACACAUCCUCGCCGCCAAGCGAGUCUGUCCUCCUUUUCCAGUCCCUCACCCAAGCCCUCUCUUGUUUACUGACCAAGAAAUUAAACAAGUUAAUUUGAGAACAAGAUGAGAUUAGAGAAGUGCUGGUUUUGUUCCUCCACUGUAUAUCCGGGGCAUGGUAUUCAAUUUGUUCGCAAUGAUGCGAAGGUUUUCCGUUUCUGCAGAUCCAAAUGUCACAAGAACUUCAAGAUGAAAAGGAAUCCUCGUAAAGUAAAAUGGACCAAGGCCUAUAGGCGUUUGCAUGGAAAGGACAUGACACAGGAUUCAACAUUUGAGUUUGAGAGGAAGCGUAAUAGGCCGGAGAGAUAUGAUAGAAACCUUGCAGAGAAUACUCUUAAGGCCAUCAAAAAGAUCGAUAAAAUCAGAUCAGAUAGGGCAUCUGACCACAUCAAAAACAGACUUAAGUCGGGCAAAGUCCAAAGGCAGAAAGAAGCAAGGAAGCAAUUGGAGCAAGAAAUUCACUUGGUCAAAGCUCCACUCGCUAUUGCACAAGACUCAUCUCUUCGUCUUCAAAAAAUCAAAGUCAAAGUGUCCCAAGCACAGACAGAGGAGAAUCAGCCCAUGGAAGAGUGAUUCCGAUUCUGUUCUUCCUCAGCUUGGUAUAUUUAUCUGCCACCGUAAUGUCAUGCAUGAAACUUGUAGCGAAAGUAUCAAGAGUCUUGUGCUGUCCAAUGGCUCAGAAUUUUGAAUGGCAUAGUUAAAUGUUAUUGUUUUGAAUGUUCCUAAUCAUGGAAAGCUCAUUAAGAACAAAAUGUUAUGUUUGUUUUUCCAUUUUAAAUGUGGUGUUACAUGCAUUUAAUAAAGUAAUAGAGACCUAUGUAGACUUGGGAUAUC